UCUCUCCAGCAUGCACAUAAAAAAAGCUACCUACUUUGGAAUGCAAGUUUCCUAUAUAUAUAAGAUAUAUCCCCUACCACCAACUCACCACCUUUCCUCUCAAUAACCUCUUCUUCUUCUUCUUCUUCUUCUUCUUCUUCUUCUUCUUCUUCUUCUUCUUCUUCUUCAUAUCAAUCAACCAACUUCCAUUAGUAUUAUAAUAUUAUUAGAGGAUGAUGAGAGUGAUCAAAGUAGUAGUGUUGAUGAUGAUGAUGAUGAUGGUUAGUAUGGUGAGAGAAGGGAAGGGAGAGAAGGCAAGGCAUUUCAAAUGGGAAGUAGGGUAUGUGUUCUGGUCACCAGACUGUGAGGAGAAGAUGAUGAUUGGGAUAAAUGGGAAAUAUCCAGGGCCAACCAUACGUGCUAAGGAAGGGGACACCAUUGUUGUGCAACUUAAGAAUAAUCUCCCUACUGAAGGUGUUGUCAUCCAUUGGCAUGGUAUCAGACAGUUUGGAACACCGUGGGCAGAUGGAACUGCAGCCAUCUCACAAUGCCCAAUUAAACCAGACGAAACCUUCACCUACAGAUUCAAAGCAGACAAGGCAGGAACGUACUUCUAUCAUGGACACUAUGGGAUGCAAAGGGCUGCAGGGUUAUAUGGGUCAUUGAUAGUGGAUGUGGCUGACGGAGAGAAGGAGCCGUUUCAUUAUGAUGGAGAACUAAACCUUUUGCUUAGUGACUGGUUCCACCAGAGCAUACAUUCUCAGAUGCUUGGCCUUUCUUCCAAUCCUUUCCGUUGGAUUGGAGAACCCCAGAGUUUGCUGAUCAAUGGCAGAGGGCAGUACAACUGUUCAUUGGCAGCACAUGUUCUCCGUGAUGGAUCAACCUCUUGCCAGAUUAACAGCAGUGAUUGUGCACCAUUAACACUUCGAGUCCUGCCGAACAAGACAUAUCGAAUAAGAAUAGCGAGCACAACCUCGCUUUCUUCCCUCAACCUGGCCAUUGGGAAUCACAAGAUGACCGUGGUAGAAGCAGACGGCAACUAUGUGCAGCCCUUUAUUGUGGAUGACAUGGACAUCUAUUCAGGAGAAAGCUACUCUGUCCUCAUCACCACAGACCAAAACCCCUUGUCAAACUAUUGGAUCUCUGUAGGUGUUCGAGGAAGACUUCCCAAAACCCUGCCAGCUCUAGCCAUUUUAAAUUAUCAUCCAAACUCACCUUCAAGGCUACCCACAUUGAUACCUCCCACUACGCCUGCAUGGAAUGACUAUGCCCACAGUAAAUCUUUCACCUACAAAAUCCUUGCCCGAGAAGGCACACCAAUGCCCCCAAACAACACCAGUCACAAAAUUGCCCUUCUCAAUACCCAGACCAAGAUAAAUGGCUGCAUCAGGUGGUCCAUCAACAACAUAUCAUUGGUUCUGUCAUCCACUCCCCAUCUUGGAUCUAUCAAGUAUGGACUGAAGGAUGCACUUCAAACUGGAAAACCAGCAGAGAACUUCCCCAGUGAUUACAAUGUGAUGAUUCCUCCAAUAAACCCUAAUUCAACAAAAGGUAAUAAUGUAUACAAGCUUGAGUUCAACAGUACCAUUGAUGUUAUCCUUCAAAAUGCAAAUGCCCUAGCAGUUAACGCAAGUGAGAUACACCCAUGGCAUUUGCACGGUCAUGAUUUCUGGGUGUUGGGAUAUGGAGAAGGGAGAUUUACUGAGGCAGAUAUAACACAGUUCAAUCUGAAAAACCCACCAUUAAGGAACACCGUGGUAAUCUUUCCCUAUGGAUGGACAGCGAUAAGAUUUGUAGCAAACAAUCCAGGAGUCUGGGCAUUUCACUGCCAUGUUGAGCCACAUUUACAUAUGGGGAUGGGCAUAAUAUUCUCUGAAGGAGUUGAUCUAGUUGGAAAGAUACCAAGUGAAGCACUGACUUGCGGAGAAACAGGAAAGCUGUUGAUGAAGAACCAUCAAAAUUAAGAAGAAUUAGCAGUUUUCUGUUGUUAGUCAUUAUAUAAUUCCUACAUCUUGAUAAUGUACGCCUCUAGAGGAUAAGCAGGUAGAUGUUAUGAUAAUUAAUAUCAUAUUAUCAUAUCAACCAUGCAAUGUGCUUGGUUGAUUUGGAUA